AUGAAUCACUCUGCCAAGAAAAGUCCAAAUUUAUCACAUCUAGACCAUCAAGACGAUUCAUCCGAAGAGAAUGUUGUAAACAGCAACAACAAGAGACUUCGCAUCAAAUCGCACGAAGUCGUCAAUAAACCAAAACGAAAGAGAAUUACACCAUACCAGUUGACCAUAUUGUCAGAUUUGUUUGCAAGUACUGAUACACCUAAUUACCAAUUAAGAGAGAAUACAGCCUCCAAAUUAAAUAUGACAAAUCGUGAAGUACAGGUUUGGUUCCAAAACCGUCGUGCUAAAGUCAACCGUAAUCGAUUGCAAGAGCAAAAGAAACAUGAUCCAUUCGUAUAUCCCAUCUGCUGGACCCCGCCGCCAGAUCACCAUCACCAUCAUCCACAAGCACAAUCACAACAGCCACCACAACAGCAUCAUUAUCCCCCACAAUACCUGCAUCAUCACCAUCAUGGCGUUGCCACAUCUACUGCUUAUCACACAGAACGACAACAACGACAACAUCAGGAUCAAUACGUAGCCGAUGUAAAUCAAAAACUCAUGAAUCCACCAAAUCAAAAUUAUAGCAAAAUGCCUUUUGGAGAAGAGCAUAGUGCCUAUGAUAGUCAAUCUAGUGUAACAUCUUCCAAUUCAUCUACACCCACACUUUAUCCCCAAUUAUCGCCGCAAAUGAGACCCAUAGAUAUCUUGGCUCUCGCAGCAGAAUAUGUACAGAGAUGCGACGAAGAAAAGCGGUUGACAGAGGAAAGAAGAAAAUGUUGGCGACCAUGGGAUUAA